UCUAUCGGUAACUUAGCAUCAUUAAGGAAGUUGGACCUUUCAAACAUUAGAAUUUCAAGCUUGCCGGAUUCCAUCGGAAAGCUACGGUGUUUGUCAAAUCUCAACCUACUAGAAUCAAGAAUCACUAAAAUUCCAAACACAAUUGAAGGGUUAGUGGAACUGCAACAUCUUUGUCUGAAAGACACUAUGAUUAAACAACUUCCGGAUUCCAUUGGAAAAUUAAAAUCAUUGUGCACUUUGGAUUUGUCAAGUAGCGGGUUUGACUUAAAUUCAAAUCGAUGGGGGUUACUCAAAGAUUUUGGAAAGUUGGAGAAACUGGAGGAGCUUUACCUUGGUCAUCGCAAAGAGUUGGUAGGUGAAAUUCCCGAUGAAAUAGGAUAUCUAUCCUCUCUAAGAGUCCUAGAUUUAUGUUGGACCAGAAUCUCUGGAGUUCCGGGAACAAUCCACAUGCUUUCUCAUCUCUCAACACUUGACUUAACAUGUUGUGACGAGAUUACAGAGUUACCUGAACUUCCAGCGAGUUUAGUCCAUUUACGUGUUAAAUCUUGCUCACUGCAGGUGGUCCCAAAUCUCUCGAAGCUUACCAAUCUAGUAGAGUUGGUCCUAUCCGAUGGCUCUUAUUAUCGAAAUUCGUCAAACCUAAAGCACACAUGUGACUUGGGGUGGAUUGGAAGGCUAUCCAAACUAAAGAAAUUGGACUUGUGUCUUCCCCAUAUCGCUGCACCGCCUACGGACUUGGGUUCCCUUUCUCUUCUAGAAGACCUUGCUUUGAGUGGUCUACAUUUGCAGCCCCUCGAGCAGCCACGGCCUUCUUUACUUUCUUCAGAACUUGACAAUUUCAGCUCGGCAGGAUCGCCACUAUCCAACUUGAAAAAUCUGUCAAAUUUGACGCUUGGUUUCUCGCGAUUGCAAGAAAUUCAACUCAAUGGACUUUUGCAAUUGCAGAGCUUACAUUUGGACAAGUGUGACCUUCAGAGCUUAUCCAUACCAUGUAGCUUAAGGACACUGAGAGUAAGAUAUUGCCCUAAUAUGAUUGAGAUUAAGCUUCUUAGUAUGUCGUCAUCACUGGAGGAAUUAUAUAUCUUUCACUGCGGGUCAAUUGAAAGAAUAGUAUUAUGCGGUGAGGUAGGAUCUCUCGGGGUCCUCGAUCAAUCAGAGUCUUCUUCGAGGGAGUCGACCUAUUGUGCACCGGGAGUACUUCUUCCCAAUGCCUUGAAGAAACUAAAAAAACUUCAUGUGGAGCAUUGCGAAAAACUACUUGAGAUUCAAGUCAUCGGUACAUUGUUAUCAUUGCAAGACUUCUCCAUUGAAAGAUGCAAUGCUAUGGAAAAGUUAAGCGGUAUGUCGAACUUGAAGAACCUUCACCGUUUGGCCAUCCGUGAGUGCUAUAAGCUGCGGGUUGUUAAGGGCCUUGAAGAACUAGAGUUUUUGACUAGGUUGGAUGUCGAGCAGUGUCCUUCACUGGAAACACUGCUUGACGUAUCGAACUCGAAAAUACCGGAUGAGUGCCUAAUACGAGUUAUCCGCAGCAGGGAGUCGCUCGACUCUUCAUCAGCAUAUCAUAUUACUUUCAAGCGUCACAAAAGGAUAGCUCAACAAGGUGCGCCUCCAUCAGAGACAAACAAGGUGAGCCUCAACCGGGAUUUUAUCGUAACACCAAAGAGUUUCACCUAAAAUGCGAACUAGAUGUAAAUUUCUUUUUAACACCUUAUUCUGACAUAAGUAGUGAAGCACGCC